UUAUUGAAAGUGUUAAGUUCUUUAUUUUAACUGCAAUUUGACAAAGUAGUAACAUCAUAGUAAAGUACAACACAUCAUGUCGAUGUGCAAUAAAAGCAAGACACAGAACAUCUUGAUUCUGGUAGUUGCAGCUAACUCGUUUGCAGAAAUCAUAUUACUAAACUGGAGUAUCAAUAGUUACGUUAAUCUAUCUAUAUAAUUCUAUCACUGAAAAAUGAAUUUCCUGAAAGAGUAUACUAAAUUUUUCGUGGUCUUUCUCGUUACCUUUUCAAAUAGCACUCAUUGUUCAUAUUGCUGCCUAAAAUAAAUUAAAUCCAGUUUCACAGCAGGCUCAUCAACUCUUAACAUUUGGGAUUUGUUAUAUAAAAUUUGUUGGCCCUGGAUGCUGCACAUGUCUCGAACAACAAAAAACAAACAGCAUUUGGUCGCCUUUGGAGGAUUUGGAUUGGCCAAUAGUCUUCCUAUUUGCAUGCAAUGGCCAAUAAAAUGCUUGCGGGGCCCAGACUUGCAGUCACACUCAGGGGUACUUCAAUGACAGUUCGUACCCAUUUGUUAAUAGGGGUGCACCGUGACAAGAGUUCUCUUCACUGCCAAGAAUUAGUUCAAGAGUUCAUUAGUGGACCCCCGAAUGUACGAUGGUCAGUGAGAGGGUUAGAAACAACUUUGUUGCCCCAGUAACUGGGCCAUUAUCCGGACUCUCUUGCUAUCUCCUCCUAGUACUUUUAACCACCCCGAGAGCCGACGGCUUAACAGCCAAGUACUCCAUCUCCGAGGAGGAGCCGCCCGGCACCGUGAUCGGAAACCUGGCGGCAGACCUGCAGCUGGAAGCGGCGGGCAGCUUCCGCCUGAUGCAAAAGUCCAACUGGUCUCUGGUGGAAGUCGGCGAGAGCGACGGGCAGCUGACGGUCGGGGGCCGCAUCGACCGGGAGCAACUGUGCCGCCAGCAGUCGGGAGCCGAGCCGUGCCUGUUGCUCUUCGACGUGGUGAACCUGUCCGGGGACAAGUUCCUGCUGAUCCGCGUCGAGGUGCGAGUGCGGGACAUCAACGACCACGCCCCCGAGUUCGGGCGCUCGGAGCUGCGGGUGGAAAUCAGCGAGAGCUCGGCGCCGGGCACUCGCGUCCCGCUGGAGGCGGCUCUCGACGCCGACGUGGGCGCCAACUCGUUGCAGAAGUACCGGCUGUCGCCGAGCCGCCCUUUCGCGCUGGAGCUUCGCCGCGGCGCCGACGGACUCGCCCACGCCGAGCUGGUGCUGGUCGAGGCGCUGGACCGCGAGAGCCAGGCCGAGUUGGUGCUGCAGCUGGAGGCCGAGGACGGCGGCGACCCGCCGCGGACAGGGGCGGCCCUGCUCCGGGUCCGGGUGCUCGACUCCAACGACAACGGCCCGGCCUUCGAGCGCAGCUCGUUCGCGGUGGAGCUGCGGGAAGACGCGCCGCCCGGCUCGCUGCUGCUCCAGCUGGAGGCCGCCGACCCCGACCUGGGCCUCAACGGCGAGGUGGUCUACAGCUUCAGCCCGCAGCUGCCCGCUGCCGUCCGCCGCCUCUUCCGCCUCGACGCGCAGACGGGCCGGCUGAGCCUGGCCGGGCCGCUGGACCGAGAGAGCAGGGCGAGCUUCCAGCUGGAGGUGCGCGCCCACGACCGCGGGGUCCCGCCGAGCGCCGCCGCCGGCUGCACCGUCACCGUGCGCGUCCUCGACGUCAACGACAACGCGCCCGAGAUCGGCAUCGCGCCGCUGGCCCCGGGCGGCGGCCUGGCCUACAUCAGCGAGGCGGCGGCGCCGGGCAGUCUGGUGGCGCUGGUCAGCACCUCGGACAGGGACUCGGGGGCCAACGGCCGCGUCUCCUGCUCGCUCUCCGGGCACGAGCACUUCGAGCUCCGGCCGGCCUACGGCUCCAGCCACAUGGUGGUGACGGCGGCGCCGCUGGACCGGGAGCGGGCCGCCCAAUACAACCUGACGCUGCUGGCCGAGGACCUGGGCGCCGAGCCGCGCCGCACCGUGCGCACCCUCACCGUGCGCCUGACCGACGAGAACGACAACGCGCCCGCCUUCUCCCGCCGCCUGCACCGAGUCUCCGUGCUGGAGAACAACCAGGCCGGCACCUACCUGACCACCGUGGUGGCCCGCGACCCCGACCUGGCCGUCAAUGGCCGGGUCACCUACCGCUUGCUGGGACCCGGCUCGGCCCUGGCCUCGGUAGACCCGGCCAGCGGCGCCAUCUACGCGCUGCGCUCCUUCGACCGCGAGUCGCUGCCCGAGGCCCAGCUCUUGCUGCAGGCCACCGACGGCGGUUCCCCGCCGCUCAGCAGCUCGGCCACCGUCCUCCUCACCGUGGCCGAUCGCAACGACAACGCGCCGGUCAUCACGCACCCGCCGCCGCCGGGCAACGGCUCGUCGUGCGUCAUCACGCUCCCGCGCGACGGCGGCGCCGGUUACCUGGCAACGCGCGUGCGGGCCCGGGACGCCGACGAAGGGGUGAACGCGAAGCUGAGCUUCCGGCUGCUGAGCGGCGCCCAGGCCGGGCUCUUCACCAUCGACAGCGGCAGCGGCGAAAUCAAGCUGGGCCGCCGGCCGCUCGGGCUCGGGCCCGGGGCCCUGCGGCUUGUCGUGGCCGUCAGUGACGGCGGCUGGCCCGCCCUGUCCGCCACCGCCACACUGCAGUUCGCGGUGGCGGCGGCCGAGGCUGACGGGGGCAACGCGCCGCUGCGGCCGGAGAACCGGAGCUGGGACACAUCGUUAGUGGUCAUCGUGGUGCUGGCAGGCGGCUGCGCGGCCCUACUCAUGGCCAUUGUCGGAGUGGCGGCUACAUGCCGGAGUGGCGGAAAGGGGACCAAAUUCGCAGAGACUGUCCCGUUGCCCAAAGGUCGGCAGGCUGACCUCUCGGGAGGCCGCCGGCGGGAGGAAGCCACCGACCAGAGGGACAGCGAGCUUGCAGUAGGUGCCUCGCUACUGAAUUUGGCUCCUUCCCCGGUCAAGGAUGAACUGGAAGUUGGUGAUCCUCGCAGUUCCAAAGAUCCGAGCAUCCUUGAGGCGAAUCCUAAAGUCACCGGAGAGAGCUUGAUAUUGGAGUCUAAUCUUCAUCAUGGAACCUUCUGUGCAGUUACCAUUCACCAAGACAGAAAAUCCCAAGAUGUAUUUAGUGGAAAAGACAGCGGAAAAGGUGACAGUGACUUCAAUGAUAGUGAUUCUGAUAUAAGUGGAGAUGCAACGAGAAGAGGAAAUCUAGCUAUUGAUCAAAGAGAAAAUGAACUAUCCUGUCUUGAAGAAAACCAAUUGCCUUGUAGUUCUGCUCCACGUUAUAACUUAAUAUCUGAAAUGGAAGAGUGCAGCGACUUAUCUCCUCAGCUCAAACAGAGCUAUAUGGUUGCUUAUUCUUCAAUUCCUACUGCAUUCUUACAUUCAUCAUGUUCUACAGCAAAAUCAGUUCUACAAGAUCACCCCUUGAAAUGCACUCACCAGUGUGGUCAUACAUCAAAGUCAGGACUUCAGACGUCUGAAAUGGUUCUUUCCAGUGAUUCUAGAAGAUCAGUACAUCCCUUUUGCCAACCAGUGAUGCAAACACAUAAUAAAACAAAUUCUUCAGCACAAGGCACUAAUGGACAAAGAUACCAAACUAGGUAUCUUAAUAUGGAACUCUCUGAAGUGGCAACUUCAUUUUGAACUAUUGACAAUAUUUUAGUUAUCCUUGUCAUUGUUCAGCCAAAUAUUGUCCUAGUAUUGAUAUCACUGUCAUUAAUUUGUCAUUAAGUUUGUUCAAUUUUCAUGUUUUAAAAACCAAAUGGGAGGGAAAGUUAACCAGACAAUGUGACACAUUGAAGUUUGACAUUUGCAUUGUGGAAAUGGUUGGUGUGGGUAAUAAUUAGUCUGAAUAAAAUGAUUAGAAUAACAUGAAAGAAAUCUUGAUCUGUGGAUUUUCUUUCAUUCAAGUUGCUAAUUUGGUUUUCACAUGUAAUGUUUGUAAAUCGUGUAAUUCUUGCACAAUGUUGGUGCUCUUUCUGUAUAUAGUUUUGUAUAUAGUUACAACAUUUAUCAGCAUCAUUUACUUUGAUAAUUGGACACACGGGCACACAAUAAAUGGUGCAGCAAUGAUUUGGUUUUAAAAAGUAGAAAGUAAGAGAUGUUUUUCAUAGUUUUAAUUUAAGUGGUGAAUGCCAAUUCUGUGUGCUUAUCUUUAAUUCAAUGCCAAGCAUUGUGUUCAGUAAAAUGGAAGAUGCUGAGCAGCUGCAAAGCUUAUUUUUCCCUACUCAGAGGGAGCGGGAAAAAUGGAAGAGUGCAGCCAAUUCUUCUCUUGCUGUUCUAAUAACACCACUUGUUUUACUAUACCAAUAGAAAAAUUUAAUAGGGAAACAAGAGGUUUGGGCAAUGGGUGAAGUUCUUAAGAACUCUAAACUUAUUUGUUAAUGGUCCAAAUUAAAAAUAAAUUCUUUUGUAAAUAAAUGUCAUUAUUUAAGAUA